UGUGUGUAUUUAAUUCAUUUUCGAGGUUUUAAUGCGCAACAACUGCGACUUGUUGUGCGUUGCGUUGUGUUGGCUGGGCGACAAAAAAACAAACAGAGGGCCGAGCUCCAUCGAGAAUUUAGAAAGCCAAAUGUAAACACACAUGCACCUUGGCAGGUGUAUCGUACUUCCGUUUUUCGGUUCGGAAAAAAAGGCAGUUUGGAAGCGGAGCUUCAAGCUCCAACUCUCACCCACACACUCACACGCGCGCGCAGAAACUAAUUUUUCCCUUCAAACUUAACUCUCAGUGUAAGAACAAUAAACACGCAAAGCAAACAUUAAAAAAAAAUAUAAAAAAAGAAAAAGCUGAUCUCUCCAAGCAACAAGUACACUCACGCACACAGAGACACCAGAGUUAGUGCCACGACAAAAAAUAAAAAAUAAAAUAAAGUGGAAGCAGAGAAACUGAAAACGGAGGAGCAAUGGAGGCCACCAGCAGCACCACGACACCGGACUUGAAUCGCGGCGAUGCCACCAGGAAGAGCGUGCGCCUCUAUGCCGCCCGCAAGGGGGCAGCCCCAGCACCGCCCAAGCUCAGUGUGGCGCCCACCACCACCUCAUCGUCCUCCGAAUCCUCCCCCUCUAGCGCCUACAACAACAACAACAUCUUGCCGGAAACGGAAAUCGACCGAACACUUCUUGCCAGCAAGGAUCUCGCCGACGAAGUGGUGGAGCUGCGACGACGCGAGGUGGUAGCGCCCCUGCCCCGUGUGGCGGUCUCUGCCCUGCCCGCUCUGCAGCCCCAUCCACAGCCCAAAGAACGCCAGAAGCCGCCGCCACGCAGUCUCCUCUCCACGGAAGACGAUGCGGGCGUCUCCUUUGCCCUCGGCUCCAUCGAGAAGCACAUCCACAACGUGGAGGAGAGCUUCAAGCAGCAGCAGCAGCAACAGCAGUCCCAGUCCACGCUGCAGGUGAUGAUGAAGGCCGACAUCAAGCGGAUGCAGAGCAAGCGGUACGGCGAAACAGAGAACCUCCUGCGGCCCGGAAUCAGUGACAUGUCCUCGGAGAACGACUUCCAGUACUUGGGCGGCCGGCGAGGCGGGGAGCUGGACGACAGCAAUGAGCUGAUGCUCUCGGAGUUCCAGCGGGGCAGCGACGGACGAAACUCGAUCGGAGCCUACUCGAAGAACUCGGCUGGAGCCUCCAGCGGGUCGAGUGCUGUGAAGGCGAAGCUGGCCCGGACCGCCUCCGACACGAAGAACAAUGACACGGUGCUGGCCAUGCGGGCCACCCUGAAACAGAAGCAACACAUGGCCGACGAGAAGCCAGCGGUGUGGCGACCAGCUGGCCCUGCGCCCACGCCCGCCGCCAGGAGCUCCUCGUCGACGUCCAACUCCACGUCCGCGGGAAGUCGCGGCGGCAGCAGCAACAGUGUCGUGGACGGAGUGGCUCCGUCCAAGUUGACGGCCACCACCAUAUCGGCGGCCAAGCGGCGCGAGGAGAAUCUUCGCCAGUUUGAAGCUCUGCUGGCCCAGAAGUCCCACCGCCACGCCUCCUCAGGAGGAUCGGGGGCUUCUGGUGCGAGCAGUACUUCUGCCAGCUCCAAGAGGCGUUCGGAGCGACCCAUCGUGGCACCCAUUCCGCCCUUCAAUUCCCACAAAUCGGAGGCAGUGACCCCGGCCGCCAGCUCGACACGAGCCAGUGUAGAUCCGCGGUCCACUUCGGGUCACGGAUCAGGAUCGGGAUCUGGCCACGGGUCUGCAGCUCCGGCAGCGGGCCAUCAUCGCUCCUCGCACGCCCCCAGCGUGGUGUCCAACCGGAGCACUGUGUACAGCAACAAUGUUGCACAGGGUUCCCCCAACAUGCAGAUGCGGAGUAGCGCCCCCAUGCGAUGGCGGGCCACGGAGGAGCACAUCGGCAAAUACAAACUCAUCAAGACGAUUGGAAAGGGCAACUUUGCCAAGGUGAAGCUGGCCAAGCACCUGCCCACUGGCAAGGAGGUGGCCAUCAAGAUAAUUGACAAGACCCAACUCAAUCCUGGGUCACUACAGAAACUCUUCCGAGAGGUUAGGAUAAUGAAGAUGCUGGAUCACCCCAACAUAGUUAAGCUGUUCCAAGUAAUCGAAACGGAGAAGACGCUGUAUCUCAUCAUGGAGUACGCGUCCGGGGGUGAGGUGUUCGACUAUCUGGUCCUGCAUGGACGCAUGAAGGAGAAGGAGGCGCGCGUCAAGUUUCGACAAAUCGUCUCAGCUGUGCAAUACUGUCACCAAAAGAGAAUAAUUCACAGGGACUUAAAAGCUGAAAACCUUUUGCUGGACAGCGAACUAAACAUUAAGAUCGCUGACUUUGGCUUUUCCAACGAGUUCACACCCGGCUCCAAGCUGGACACGUUCUGCGGCAGUCCACCGUACGCCGCUCCCGAGCUGUUCCAGGGCAAGAAGUACGAUGGUCCCGAGGUGGAUGUGUGGUCGCUGGGCGUUAUCCUGUAUACGUUAGUGAGCGGUUCCCUGCCCUUUGACGGCUCCACCUUGAGGGAGUUGCGCGAACGGGUGCUCAGAGGCAAAUAUAGAAUCCCCUUCUAUAUGUCAACUGACUGCGAAAACUUGCUCCGCAAAUUCCUAGUACUGAACCCCGCUAAGCGUGCUAGUCUGGAAACCAUCAUGGGCGACAAGUGGAUGAACAUGGGGUUUGAGGAGGACGAACUGAAGCCCUAUAUAGAGCCCAAGGCCGAUUUAGCCGAUCCCAAGCGGAUAGGUAAGACGGAAGCUCUAGUCGCGAUGGGCUACAAUCGGCAGGAGAUCGAGGCUUCGCUGUCCCAGGUGCGCUACGAUGAUGUUUUUGCCACGUAUUUGUUGCUGGGACGCAAGAGCACCGACCCUGAAAGUGACGGAUCCCGAUCUGGCUCAUCGCUCUCACUGCGCAACAUCUCGGGCAACGAUGCGGGCGCCAAUGCUGGCAGCGCGGGAGUCCAGAGUCCCACGCACCGUGGCGUCCAUAGGAGCAUAUCGGCGUCUAGCACGAAGCCCAGUCGCCGAGCCUCGUCCGGUGCGGAAACCUUGCGCGUUGGACCCACAAAUGCAGCUGCAACUGCCGCUGCUGCGGCGGGAGCCGUGGGUGCCGUCAACCCAAGCAAUAACUACAAUGCUGCAGGAUCAGCCGCGGAUCGAGCAUCAGUUGGCAGCAAUUUCAAGCGUCAGAACACCAUCGACUCGGCCACGAUCAAGGAGAACACGGCGCGAUUGGCCGCCCAGAAUCAAAGACCUGCUUCGGCCACCCAAAAGAUGCUCACCACGGCAGACACAACACUGAACAGUCCCGCCAAGCCGCGAACGGCAACGAAGUACGAUCCGACGAACGGCAACCGCUCGGUGAGCGGCACCAGUGGCAUCAUUCCACGCCGCUCCACCACGCUCUAUGAAAAGACUUCGUCGACGGAGAAGACCAACGUUAUUCCCGCAGAGACAAACAGCGGAUCGGCAGCUCCCGCUGGAAAAGGUCAUACCAAAAGCGCUUCUGUUUCGAGUCCUCGCCCCUCUGCGGACGGAUGCGUCACGGUCUCGAAUGAUCCGCUUGGAACGAGUCUGUUCGAUCGACUUAGAAUGGCAUCGGCUGUUAAAUCAAGCAGACACUUUCCAAGGAAUGUUCCAUCACGUUCAACCUUUCACUCUGGUCAAACCAGAGCACGAAACAACACAGCGCUGGAAUAUUCGGGCACCAGCGGUGCCUCCGGAGACUCCUCCCAUCCGGGUCGCAUGAGCUUCUUCUCCAAACUCUCCUCACGUUUUAGCAAACGUACAACAACCACGGAGGAGGCAGCGAAACCAAGAGUUUUGCGCUUCACAUGGUCCAUGAAAACCACUUCGCCCCUAAUGCCCGAUCAGAUAAUGCAGAAGAUUCGCGAGGUGCUCGACCAGAACAACUGUGACUACGAGCAGCGUGAACGAUUUGUUCUUUGGUGCGUCCAUGGAGAUCCAAAUACAGACUCCCUGGUGCAGUGGGAAAUUGAGGUGUGCAAGCUGCCUCGCCUAUCCCUCAAUGGAGUGCGCUUCAAGCGAAUCUCUGGCACCAGCAUCGGCUUCAAGAACAUUGCGUCUCGCAUUGCUUUUGACCUCCGGCUGUGACUUAACCAAACGAACAACGAGGGGAAUGCUGCCGCUGCCGCCGCCAUCGCCACUUGCUCCGCCUCGCGGGCCACUGAUCCAUCCGACAACAUCUCCACCACCAACUGCCGGACGGUCAGCCACGACAGCAGCUCCAGACUGUCGGAGCUCUCGCUGCUCUGCCGCUCCUUGACCAGUCAGCAGGGAUCACAGCGGCGCAAGAAGAGCCGCCUGUCCACCGGAGGCAGUGAGGAUCAGAAGAAAUCCAACUCGUUGCUAUCAGCGUUCCAAAUGUAUUCGCCAUUUAGUUCGAAGGAGAAUGUGGAAUCUGGAGAGGAUGUGCCGGAUCUACAUGCUGUGAUUGACGCACAGCCAGGUCACUCGAUUGACGUGCCACUUUUUGGGGAUUUCAGUCCGAUAAACCCCAUUCUUGAAGAAGAAGUCGAUGUCCUUGAUGGCAAAACAGGUGAAUCCAAGAAGUCUUCACACAAAGAUGGACAGAAGGUAAAAGGCGAUGGCGGCGGCGGAGGCAACCGGUUGAAGCGAAACAUCAAGCACACCGGAAGCCUAAUUGUGCGCAAACUAACUGCAGCCAGACAAGGUUCGUCCGGAAAAAAGGAGAAGGACACAGCACAGGCGGCAGCAGGACAGGAAGCGGCGGCCACCGAUAAGGAUAAAUCAGGCAGCAAGCCGGAGGGAAAAGUUGCCAUGCUACGAACCACAACUCUCUAAUGGAAUGGAAAAUGGCCGUAGCAAUGGCAUUUUGGGGGGGAAAAUUCAUUUGUGGGGCAGGCGACGCAUCCUGCAGCCCGAAUCUCAAGAUGAUGAAAACAAGAAAACAAAAAUAUAAUGGAUGUUAGUAUCUCUCCGUAGAUCGAACGUAUUGAAUAUAUAACAACCUACACAUAACAAUCAAGCAGACAAACCCCUCUAUCUACCCACACUGACAGGCAUUAGCACCCGCAUAGAUACGCACAUAUUUACAUACAUACAUACGUUAAUUAAUAGGACUCUAGCUAAUGGGCCAGCAAGCAGCCGGGGGGCUGCAGGACGAUUAAUAGAAGGGUAACACCAGAACACACCACUCAAUAAAACAAAAA